UGUUGUCWUGUUGUAUGUUAUCUGGUGUAAGAAUGUUUWACUGGAUUUAUAUUUGUUUUUAUUUUUAGCACCAUCAACAAGUUAUAUCUAUUAAGUGUACCCCUAUUAUUUGCUAUGUCAAAUAYAUCCUAUUCRUACUCUAACAUCACUGUAGGGUUGCAGUCUCGGAGUGUUUUGGAAUUAGUGUUGMUUUCUUGUAUGUCUACAAUUCCAGCCUGUGUGUUUCUCCUUGUWAAUGGCAUCAUGAUAUUCACUCUGAGGAGUAAACCUGUGUUUCGCGACACCUGUCGUUACAUUCUUCUGUACAACCUUCUUGUUGCAGACACUGCCCAGUUGGCAACGAGCCAGACUCUUUUCCUGCUCGCYAUCUGUGAAGUCAAAUUAACAUAUCCUCUAUGCGGUAUGCUCGCUGUGCUCGCCARUCUCACAGAAGGUAUUUCUCCUCUCAUCCUGGUGGUGAUGUCUCUGGAGAGAUAUGUCGCAGUGUGCUACCCUCUGAAGCACGCCUCCAUCAUCACCAUCAGAAACACAAACCUGGCCAUCACUGCAAGUUGGACUGUCAGCUCAUUAAAUAAUGUCACCCGGGGUCUAUUUUUGCUACAGUUUUCUUUUGAAAAACUGGGGACUCUGCUGAUGAAAGAGUCUUGUGUUGACAUUAACUGGUUUCCAGAUUCUUUGCGUGAAAAUUAUGACAAAGCCUACACUGUUUUUGUGUCUUUUUCAGCUGGUCUGGCAGUCAUUUCCUCCUACACUGGAGUUGUACUAGCAGCCAGAUCAGCUUCGACAGAUAAAGUAUCGGCCCGUAAAGCUCGUAAGACACUGCUGUUGCAUCUGAUACAGCUGGGCCUCUGUCUGUCCUCAACCAUUUACUACCCACUGAUUGUAGCUCUGGCAACAACCMUUACAAGGAUAGUAUUUGUCUGGGUCCAUAAUGUUUUUUAUGUGAUUAUCAUCAUCUUACCCCGAUGUCUGUCUUCACUCAUUUAUGGUCUCAGAGAUCAGACUAUCAGACCUGUUCUGCUGUACUAUCUAUGUGGUCGACUGAAACUGUCAGUUAAACCAGGCCCUGGCUAAGUAACUAGGCUUUGGUUGAUGUCUUCUUGAUUUAGCAUAUUUAGCUGUAUUGCCUGAGUAUGAACAUUUGUUAAGGCAGCCCACGUCACUGUUUUUUGAAACAAUGAAUUUGACUGACAACAUUUAAAAGACAUAAUUCUUUGUUUAAAAUUGAUUUUGUAGCUACCAUAAAAUGUUUGCUUCAGGUUUUACCUUAGC